AUGGCGAUGUUGACCAUUCUUCUGCUUCUCAGCGCUGCCAUUGUUCUGGGCGAGGCCUUUGAUCUACGUGCCACAAAUGCUGUGGUGGUGGAGGAACAGCAGGAGGUAGGAGCAGCAGAGAGUGAUCCUCCAUGCCCCGGAGGUUGGACCAAAUACGAAUCACGUUGCUUUAUGUUUGUCAACACUGCAAUGACAUGGCCCCAAGCUGAGAGCUACUGUCUAUCCCUUCGAGCAAACCUGGCCUCUGUGCACAACUGUGGGGAGAACUAUAAUUUACAGCAAUUGGUGUUGAAAAACACUGGCCAACAACAUUCUACCUGGAUUGGAGGAUUUGAUGCUAUUCAGGUAGAGUAUACUCACAGAUGA